AUGGAUUCAAAUCCUCAUGUAUAUGCAGGUGUUGAAGCAGGUGGAACUGGAUUCACACUGGCAAUUGCAAGUGGUACCCCAGAUAAUAUAGUUGAUAGAGUGUCGAUUCCCACUACUACACCAGAUGAAACAAAGGCAAACGUUUUGGAGUGGUUGCGUGGAAAGAAGUUCAGUUCGAUCGGAGUUGCCUCGUUUGGUCCCAUCGAUCUCGAUACAAAGAGUAGCACUUUUGGAUUCAUCACCACCACUCCGAAACCAAUGUGGGGAAACACAAACAUCUUGGGAUGGUUCGAUGAGUUCCAAUGUCCAAAGAAGUUUGAUACCGAUGUCAAUGGUGCUGCUAUCUCUGAGACCUUCCACGGAAGACAUGAACGUGGUGCCAUUAGCUCGUGUGCAUAUAUCACCGUCGGAACCGGUGUAGGAGUUGGAGUGGUCGCCAACGAAAAACCAAUUCAUGGAUUGGUUCACCCAGAGGGUGGACAUAUAUUUACAAAGUUGUUGGAGGAUGAUCAAUUCCAAGGAACAUGUCCAUUCCACGGAAAUUGUAUUGAAGGAUUAGUAAGCACUGGUGCAAUAUCAAAGCGUCUCGGUGUUACAGCUGAUAAACUAUCAGUGAUCCCCGAUGAUGAUCCAGUUUGGCAGAUCGUUGGUCACUACUUGGCAGAGUUGUGUGCAACAAUCACUUGCAUCAUGUCGCCACAAGUCAUUGUAUUGGGUGGAGGAGUGCUCAAUCGAACUAUUCUCUACCCAAUUAUUCGUGAUGAACUAUUAAAGAUUUUAAAUGGAUAUAUUAAAUCCGAAUUUUUAACUAAAGAAAAUGUUCAUAAAUAUAUUGUUCAAUCACCUUUUGGAAGUAAUGCAGGCAUUGUCGGUGCAUUAGAGUUGGCAAGAAGAGCACACUUGGAGAAAAAUUAA